AUGGCAAUCAACUCAACUCAUCAAACAACUAGCUCAUUAUCCACCUCAUCAUCAUCCACAACAAGCACAAGCACAGCAAUCACAGCAACCACCACCUCCAAUGGAGGCUCACUCAUACCGACAGAGAGAGGUAGUCAAAAACAUAGUAACGGUCAAGUGACUCAAUCAUGGACAACGGUCGAUAUGGGAGGACUUAAAUUGAAAUCACUUUCAGAUGCAUUAUUUAAUUAUGAUUUCCUUACAACACUUUAUAUCCCACAUAACUCACUUACUUCCUUACCACCUAUGAUUUCAAGAUUAACUUCACUGACUGUACUGGAUGUUUCAUCUAAUAAACUAACGGCUUUACCUGCUGAAUUAGGCAUGAUCACCACACUUCAACAACUGUUUGUGUUUGAUAAUCAUUUAACUUCAUUACCACCUGAACUAGGAUCAUUACAUCAACUUGAAGAAUUAGGUGUCGAAGGAAAUCCAUUAGCCGAGGCACUUUUAAGUACGAUACAAAAAGAAGGUACUUCGUCACUUGUAGCUUAUCUUCGAGAUUCGUGUCCAGUUCCAUUACCACCAUCUGAAAGAGAUUGGAUAUCGAUCGAACCUGAAUGUUCACUUUUAUCAGAAUUACCAUCCAACUUAAACACUCAUGAGAUCCCCAACGAAACCUUUACAAUGAUGUGUUAUAAUAUCUUAUGUGAAAGAUAUGCAUCAGAUCGAAUGUAUGGUUAUACACCAUCUUGGGCCUUGAAUUGGGAAUAUCGAAAAGAUUUGAUUUUACAAGAAUUAAUGCAGUAUGGAGCCGAUUUGAUUUGUUUACAAGAAGUAGAUGUAGAACAAUAUGAAGAUUUCUUUGUACAAAACUUAAAAGAUCAAGGUUAUGAAGGUGUCUUUUUUCCUAAGUCUAGGGCUAGAACCAUGGGAUCUGAAGAACGUAGACAUGUGGAUGGUUGUGCUACUUUUUUUAAAACUUCAAUAUUUCAAUUGAUUGAACGUGAAUGUGUAGAAUUUAAUCAAAUCCCAAUGAGAUCCGAAUCACACAAAACAUCCGAUAUGUUUAACCGAGUGAUGACCAAGGACAAUAUAGCAGUCAUAGCCAUGUUAGAACAUCGAAGAAGUGGAACACGACAAUUAGUAGCUAAUGUUCAUAUUCAUUGGGAUCCCGAAUUCAGAGAUGUGAAAUUGAUUCAAACCGCAAUGUUAAUCGAACAAGUUGAAAACUUAGCAGAUCGAUUCGCAAAACUCCCACCAAGACAUUCACAUUCACCUAAGUAUCAAAGAGGAACUGAGAUUCCCAUCAUAGUCUGUGGUGAUUUCAAUUCAGUACCGACCUCAGGAGUCUAUGAUUAUUUAUCACAUGGAAAUAUCGAAGCUACACAUGACGAUUUCAAUUCGUUUAAUUAUGGUCCUUAUACUCAACAAGGAGUUCAACAUCCAUUAAAACUCAAAUCAGCUUAUUCUCAUCUGGGUGAAUUACCUUUUACAAAUUAUACACCUGGUUUCAAAGGUGUCAUUGAUUAUAUCUUUUAUAAUGAAGAGGUUUUGGAUGUCACUGGCGUCUUGGGUAAGAUUGAUGAAACUUAUUUGGAGAAGGUCGUGGGAUUUCCUAAUGCUCAUUUCGCUAGUGAUCAUGUUCCUGUACUGGCUGAGUUUAAGGUUAAACAAAAUGGGAAUAGAUAAAGAAGACAUUGAGAUUCACUUCUUUGAUUAAUUGAAAUUUUAUUUAAGUUGUGACUUUGAUAUAUAUGUAAAGAAUUCUUUUUUUUUGCUUCUCUAGGUCUUGUUUUUUUUACUUCCAAAAACGAACAGACUUUACUUUCUUUCUUUUUUUCAAGCUUUUUCUUUCUUUUUUUUCUUUCCUUUUUUUUAUAACACUAUGUUGUUGUUGUUUUGUUCUGGUUGUUUUGUUAUCCUUUCUUUUAUGGAAGAUAAGAAGUUUAUGUCUCUGUGUGUGUGUGUGUGUUUUCUUUUUUUCACUUUUUAUUUUUCUCCAAUAUCUUUAAUUCUCUGAAGAAAAAUUGGAUGUUUUUUCUUUUUUUUAAGUGGUGAUAUCAAUUAAACUGUGGAUGUGUGUUCAACCUGAGUGUUUCUUUUUUGAUUGUUUAUUGGUUUUUUUUUUGUGUGUGUGUGUUUUUCUGUUGGAUCUUAUGGUAUGUGUGACUUUGAGUGAAAACAAAGUCAAUCAUCCAAAGAGAAAUCAUUUUGUUUUUUUGGUCUCUAUUUUGUUUAUAUAAGUAAAAGCCUUUGUUAUAUUCCUUUUUGUUUUCUCUUGUCUCUUCUAUCUCUCUCUAUCUCUCUAUGUGUGUGUGUGUGUGUUUAUGAAAAGAUCUUUACUCCUUUUU